CCAACAUCCAACAUCCAACACCCAACGCCAUGGAAGGUGACAAUAACGAGACGAUAACUCAGUCGGAUGCUGAAAAGAUUCGACUCAAGAGACUCGCAAAGCUCCAAUCACCACAGGCUGACUCAAACUUAUCUCCCAAACCAAAAGAAGAGAAGGCUCAUGCACGCCCCUCCCCGUCGCUGGUGUCGAAGUCAUCUGGCUUCAAACAGCUUGAAAAACAACCAGCCUCGCGAACUGCUACCCCACAAACCGGAUCCUCUUCUAAUACCAUUCCAAAGCCUUCUACAUUGAGUCCAGAGGAGUUACGUCAAUGGGAACAUGGCAUGAUGACGAGAAUCUUCAAGACAACAUUAGAUAAAGAAGUUUUCGCCAAAUACCAGGCGGAUUUAGUUUAUUUAGAUGAAUUUAGAAAUGAAAUAGAAGAGGAAGAACCUGGUUCAUCCAAGCUCCUCACAGUAGAGAUUGCCGAUCGCUUAUUGAUUGCUCGUUUAUCUUUAAGCCCCUCGGAUCCCUCGUCCUCUGAGCCAUUCGUGGGGGCUAGCCAAGCCCAAUUACGGAAUGAGAGCGCUUUCGAAUAUCUGACCAAGAGUUGGAUCCGUGCAUUGGAAGAACGCUCUAAGGCCUUAGCUAGCAAGGCGUCUCCCUCAGAUAAAAUGCGGUUGAUCGAGAAGGUCAAAGAACUCCUCGUCAGCUAUAUCGGUCUGGUCACUGUAGAGCCAAGCAUGUUCCCAACCUCUGAAAAUGCGAAAUCCGGGACGGAUGAGCUGGUCAAUCUGUUCAGUAAUCCUACCCCGUCAGAUCCCAUGAUUCAGCACAAAUGGACACUCAUCCACGAGCUCGCAAAUCGGUUUGAUAAUGAUGGAUUGGAAGAUGUCAUUGGACCUACCCUAGCUCGAAUAGCAAUGGACGUAAACCUCUUAACAUCAAAAUGGCACAUCGGAGGGCAUGAAUGGAGGGUACCUGUUCGCACUGUUGAAGAUUUGAUGGAAGUCAAGCCAAUCGCACGUAUGGUACCUAAUCUUCAAGCUUGGAUGCCGAUCGCCAACUCAAAUGAUAACGGAAGAAGAAUCGAGUUCUUCUGGAUGCUUGGACCCAUCCUGUCACUAUCCACUUUCCCUGACCGAGUGCCAACUAUUGCAUCUGAAUAUUUCAGCAACUCCAAAGAAAGGCCUCAAGCUGAUCUCGAAUCAGCUACAAAAGGCCUACAGGCUACUCUAAAUUCCUUACAGUUGAGUCUGUUCAACAUCUUUGAUCGGAUCGUGCGCUCUGGACCAGCUCCUCGUGAAGCCGUCCUUAAGCUAUGGGCGCAAAUCAUACAGCUUAACAACAAGCGAGCGGCGAUUCAGGUGGAUAAGAACACGGUAGCUUCAGAUGGGACGAUUAUCAAUACGCAAGCCAUUUUGUUGCAAUUCGCCGCCCCUUUCUUAGACUCACAAUACAGCAAGAUUGACAAGGUUGACCCGUUGUACUUCAAGCGAUCAACUCGAUUGAACAUCCGAGAAGAGACGAAAAUCAACGCGACAUUACAAGAAUCCGAAGAUUUUCUCGGAUCAUCCACCAAUCCGGAGCCGGUAAAUUUCAUCAGCGAAAUCUUCUUCCUCAACGUCGCCAUCUUCCGUCUCGGUAUCUUGACUAUCGCCAAGAAUUGGAACACAAAAGCUAGAGAUAUUGAGGAUAUGAAGAAAGAGUUGGUUCGUGCUGAAGCUGAUCGACGCUGGGAUGGGACACCCCAUGAAGCUGCCCGGAAAGCCAGUUUGGAAAAAUUCAAGAAAGAGAUUUCGAAGCUGGAGUCUGAGCUAGUAGCUUACGAAGUUCAAAUGUGUGACCCGGAAUUUUUGAGUAAAUGCAAUAGCUUUUGUAGUUUUGUAAUGACUUGGUGUAUCAAGAUGGUCGAUCCUCUUCAUCAGCAUCCACGAGUUCCAAUCAAAUUACCACUCCCGAAUGAGUGCCCAUUAGAGUUCCGAAUGUUACCCGAAUAUGUCUUGGAAGACGUCAUUGAGUUUUACUCCUUUAUCUCCCGACACUCACCUGGAACACUUCUUCAGUCGGCCGCAGUGAUCGACGAACUCUUAACUUUCACCCUCGUCUUCCUCACCACGCCUUACCUUAAAAACUACCAUCUUAAAUCCAAAUUUAUCGAGAUCCUGUACUAUAAUACUUUGCCCAUUUCAAACAGAAAGAAUGGCAUUCUCGGUGAUUCGUUGGAUUACCACCCUCUCGCUCUGGCCCAUCUCAUGCCUGCUCUGAUGCAAAUUUACGUGGAGGUGGAAAUUACGGGUAGUCAUACCCAAUUCUAUGAUAAAUUCUACUCGCGAAGAUACAUUGCAUUGAUACUCAGGAAAGUCUGGGACAAUCAAACGCAUCGGGCAGCUUUAAAGAAGGAGUCGUUAACGGAGUCGUUCAUCCGAUUUGCGAACUUAUUGAUGAACGAUGUGACCUACCUUUUGGACGAUACCCUGGGACAACUCCAAGAGGUCCAUCGGAUCGAAAGUCUGAUGGCCGAUCAGGAGGCUUGGCAAAGCCUCCCAGAAGCGGAACGGAAGGAAGAAGAAGGCAAGUUGUUGUCGUGCGAGCGACAUUGUCCGAGCUUCCUGAGUCUCGCAAACGAAAAUGUGAGAAUGCUUAAGAUUUUCACGGAGGAGACGCCGAAUGCUUUCUUGAAAUCGGAGAUCGUCGUUCGAUUGGCCGCCAUGUUGGACUACAAUCUCAAUACAUUAGCCGGCCCCAAAUGUCAAACGCUGAAAGUCAAAGACCCUAAGAAAUAUAACUUCCAACCUAAGGACUUAUUAUCUGAUUUAUUACAAGUCUAUUUGAAUUUAUGGGACCGAGGACCGUUUCAUGAAGCUGUCGCAAACGAUGGAAGAAGUUACACCAAAGAAUUAUUCGAAAGGGCUGAUCGAAUCGCGAGGAAGGCUAACUUGAAAUCGUCUGAUGAUCUUGAGAAGUUGGCCAAGUUGGUUGAAAAGGUUGAAGAGUUGAGGCAGUUGGAAGCAGAUGAAGAGUUGGAGUUGGGCGAAAUUCCCGAUGAAUUUUUAGAUCCUUUGAUGGCAACCUUGAUGAAAGAACCGGUGAUUUUACCCACUUCCAAAACGACGGUCGAUUUGUCAACCAUCAAACAACAUUUCCUGAGCGAUGCUACUGAUCCUUUCAAUCGAAUGCCGUUGAAGAUUGAAGAUGUUAUUCCUGAUGUAUCUCUCAAAGAGAAAAUCGACGCUUGGGUCAAAGACAAGAAAAGCUCUAAAAUGGAAUUCUAAAUCCUUCCUGACUGUAUAUCUAUAUAUCGUUCAUUUUUUUUCUUUGACAUGUUAUGAGUAGAGAUUUGAUGUAGGUAGAAAGAUCACGUUGAUUGCUAGUUAUUAAACGAUCGUUUUUUC